AUGUCCUCGCAGAAAUCCAAGGAAGUACGUCGUCUCUUCUCCACAACCUUGCAACAACGUCAACAGCAAAAAGCUUCAAGUUCAACUGUUUCAAGGAUAAACCACCGUUUUGCAAAAUACGAAGAUAACGAUAAGCUCAUAUGCAUUGUGUGUUCCAUCCAAAUAAAAAACUCUGCAUCCUGGAACACACACUUGAUCAGCUCGGCACAUAAAGAGGCUUUGAAAAGACUAAAGGAUGUGAAGAACAAGGUCGUGGAGUCUUCAACACACGACAAAAGUAAAAUAAAAAAUGCGAGUCUCUCUUUCGAUACAACUAAAAAAACCAGUGUAGAAAAUGGGAUUAUCCCAUCACCCGAAAAUGACAAAAAGAGAUCGAUAGAAACAGAGUCAAGCGAUUUGAUUGAUUAUGAUUCCGAAGGAAAAGAUGAGGAAGACGAGCAAGCAAUUCCAAAAGUCAAAAGGGUUAAGUUCGACGUGGAUGGAGCCGAACCUGAAGUUUCUGCAGACUCAUCUUUGCCACGCGAUUUCUUUGAUGAAAGUGACUCACCGGUCGAAGUGCGAGAGCAAAUUCCUGACCAAUCAGAUAUGGACAUAGAUAAAACACAAGCAAAAGACCUUGUCGAAACGGCCGAUCAGGUGCUUCCGGCAGACUUUUUUGAUAAUCCGUCAAAGGCGUCGUUACACAAACCGAUAAGAAAUGCAAUCCAACAAGAGACCACGGACGAAAUAGACGAAAAAGAGUGGAUACAGUUUCAAAAACUUAUUUCUAAAGAAACACAAGUUAGUGAUCAAAUUGCAUUCGUCGAAGAAGAAGAAUUACAACGAGAUAGGGAUGAAAUGUUAGAACGAGAGCAAGAAAUGUGUUUCCAAAGGUCCGAGCGAUUAAAGGCCGCCGCACAACGUGUCAAGGAAAACAAGGAAAGGAGGAUGCUGGAUGUUAUCGAAAAGAAAAGUACAGAAGGGCAAUAUAGUGAGGACGAUGAUGAACAAGAUGACGGAGACUUCGAAAAUGGAUGGAUGGAUUGGCGGGCACAAAGAAUAAUAUAA